CUCGAGCCGUGCGCACCGAUCCGACUGAAGACGGCGAAGUGGGCGAGGAACGCACUUACAAGGUCGCGCAGCCGGCGUUCACAUCGACCUUCGUCCCAGUUAGGCGUCCGCGACGCGGUUGUCCGGCCAAGAACGAUCCCAUAUGGGCAAAGCGAAGCGAACUUUAUCAUGGCUGGGGAGUCCUCCUCAAGAACUCCUGCGCAGCACGGCAUAACUCCAUGCGUCCGCCCUCUGACUCCCACUUCAAACCCUUGGAACACCCUCCACCCCCUGAUUCGUCCUACCACAAGCAUGGGGCGUUGAUAGCUUUUCUGGAGUCCAUCCACGCUAUUCUCUGUUUUGUAUAUGCAAUGUGGUGCAGAGAGUACCCGCUACGACACACAGAUACUGCCGCGUGGACCUCGAUCGGCAGCGUUCUGGACUGGUGCGAGUCACACGUGGGUAAGGGGGGGUUCAACGCCGGGGAAAGGGAAGAAGCGUUGGUAGGACUUGUGCACAUGGUACGGGCCUUCAUCGAAUCCCGCAAUGCGCUACUCAGCUCGCGACACUAUGUGCGAUAUGAAAUGGGCAAGUUGGCGAAGCAAGGCGACGAUACGGCGAAUGCUGAGCAUCGAAGACUUUUGAAUGAAACACGGGAGUCUGCGUUAAAGAACAAUCCUGCUUUCCGUCAUCUUCGUGACCCUCCGACCCAGCUGCCAUCCCCAGCACCCACUGCCAACGGGAGCGCCAGCUCUACUCCGACGGCCAAUCGUGCUGAAGGCACCCCGUUGCAAUCGUCUAUCAGGACGCCCCCCUCGUCAUCAGGGUCAGAGCAACCGAAGACGAUGCUAGAUCUCGAUCAGUUCGUGCUCAAGUCUACUGCGUCGCCUCCCGCGAUCCUUCAGACUAUAACACUUCCCUUGCGGGGAAACGUCGCCAAAGCCGUGUCGCAGCAGGCAGAGCAACUGCACCGGGCCAUCAAGAAUGUGGAAUCGUACCAGUCGAAGCUUAGCCUGCCCAUACUCGCGAAGCACUUCCCAAUCACGUUCGCGCGUGUCAUACAGACGACGCUGCAGCAGCACGAGGAGUACGAGCCCGACUUUGAGGAUGACGAGGGCGAGCUGUUCUGGCCGGGCCAGUGUAUCAACGGAGAGGGCAUCGGCUGGGUGUGUCUGCUUGGACGCUCGAUGAUCAAGGAGUUUGGGAAGGACAUUGGGUAUCAAGGCUACCGAGGGUUUGUUCGUCUGCCCGACUGGAGGACCAACUCCAAGUUGCCCCCUGGUCACCCUGCUCUGCAACUCCCUGAUAUACCGGACUGCUGGUGAUAGCCUCUAGGAUCCUGUCUCUUCAUCCUCUUGGGCCCUUCCUUGACCCUUGCGGAUCUGGUGUUAUACCUGGUUCGUAGUUGCCAAAUGCUGUUCUGGCGUGCCCACAAACGUCGACCUCGACAUCGAUACCCAAACUUGAAGGGCUCUCCAGUCUCGCUCUCGCCGACGUCCCCAACGUGUGGGACGUGCCCUCCUGCGCCGCCUGUCGCUCGCCAAUGCUGCGCAUCGUUUAGGGCAUUCCGUGCUCCAACGCCCUGCGCAGGCUGUACUUCUAGACUUCCACAUCCAUCUCAAAGCCUCGCACACCCAUUCCACCCUCAUCAUCGCAUCCACCCCUCGUGUUUCGUGGCACCUCUGUAUCCAUGCUGACCUGCUCAUCCUGUAUCCCUCAUCCAACGACCCUCGCGGUCCUCAUCUCCUUCUCGUACAUUCUUGCAUAUAAGAUUUCGAUUCCGACCCGGAGGUGGAGGAGCUUUAUCUGUUUCUGCUUGUGUGGGAUUUCGUUUCACUCUGGAUAUACAUAUAUUAUCGCAUCACCAUCAUCUUUCGCCUGGGCAUUGUUUGCCGGUCAUCUGUGCAUACUUAAUUACACCCUCCACCCACCAUCUGUCUGCGCUUCAUCUACAUUAUUCUUUGGAUCCGGACGGCGUUACUCUUGUGUGCUUGCUUCCAUAGCCCUGUCUGUUCUGCCUGCCUGUGUCGACCGUAUUUAUUCGCGUGCCCAUCUGUAGAAUGCAAUUCAUCUCGUGUGCUUGCGAGCAAUUGCAAUUUA